AUGCUCUCCAAACUCACCAUCAUCCCGGCGCUCGCCGCGCUCGCCACCGCUGCCGCCCUGCCCUCGGUCGACGUCCCGGCCUGCCCCAGCAAGGCCACCGUCUCCUACGACCGCUCCAUGCCGGCGCCGAGCAAGCCCUUCCCGCUGACCAAGGUCGACCUCUGCUACGACGACCGCGCCAUCCACAUCACCUUCAAGGCCUACGACGAGACCAACUUCUUCUUCAACGCGAGCCAGACGACCGACGGCGACAUCUGGGCCUACGAGGUCAUGGAGGCCUUCAUCUACAAGGGCACCGACGACCCGCGCCGGUACUUCGAGUACGAGGUCAGCCCCAACAACGUCACCUUCCAGGCCUUCAUCUACAACCCGUCCAAGGUGCGCGCCCCCGGCGCCCGCUUCGACGGCGCCUUCUUCCGCCAGCCCAUCGAGGACGGGCUGACGGCGGCGACGACGCUCGACCGGGACUGCCACACGUGGGUCUCGGACGUGCGCAUCCCGCUGGGCCUCUUCAACGUGGACGACGGGGCGGCCCGGGGCACGCAGUGGAGGAUGAACUUCUUCAGGAUCGUCACCUCGCCCGAGAUCUUCCCGGACCAGAUCCUCGCCGCUUGGAGCCCGACGGACCAGGCAAACUUCCACAUGAGCCCCUUCUUUGGCCACGUCAAGUUUGUAUGA